UGAGAAACAAAUGGCGGAUCGAUUGUAAGUAAAGCGGAAGAAGUGCGUGUCGAAUUUUCCAUAAUUUACGGGCAGUGCAAAAAUAAUAUAUACACACAUUGUGAAAAAUUGUUUAAAAUAUCAACACAAUCAUAUAUAAUUAAGUGAGUAUUCCCUUAAUGGUGUUUAUUUGUGUAUUUUUGGCAAAGAAAAUACAGCAGAGUACCGUGAAAAUUUUUGCAAAGUUUUGUGAAUAUCGGUGAAAAAGUGUACAAGUGUGUGUGUGAAUAAAUUGCAUAAAAUGUAAAUUGGAAAUGAGAAAUAUGUGAAAGAUAGACAACGAAACGAAACAAUUGAAUGUUAUAGAAUUUAUGCAAAAUGCGCUGGUUUUUGGAAAUUUCAGCCAAGUGGGGGGUCCUUAGCAGUUUUCUUUUUAGUUGUAUAGACAAUUUUAUCAAGUAAAACAGCAACUGCCUGAAAAUGUAGUAAAUAUUAUUAAUAAUAGCAAUAUUGGCACAAAAGUAAGGUAGAAAGGCUACAACAAUAGCGUAAUUGCUGGUGUGGCUAUGCUAGCAGCAACAACUCGCCACGCCAAACAAUUUUUAUAGCUUGUGCAAUAAAUGUUGAAAAUAAAUAAACAAAAUGUAUACUAUGUAUUGCUAUACAAAAUUUGAUUCUUUAGGGAUUUUUAGGUUUUUGUCCAUAACUACAACUAAUAAGUUGAAAAUUUUCAUAUAAUUACUUCUUUUUUCCCUAUUUUUCUAUCGCCACUUAUCUGCUACUUCUUUCUGUUUGCGCUGUACGCUUUGUGCUGCGUCUUCUUGUUGUUCAUUCAUGAUUCUUGACGUCUGCUUUUCAUCUACAUUCGUAGUUGUUUUCCUACUUUUCUCCUUGGCAUUCGCCAAUUGGAUUUUUCAAUGCUGUUCAGUCGGCUGUCGGAUAUUUUUCGCCAAACGUUUGCGGAAAAUCUAAAAAUUUGUUAGUUAAAAUUUUCAGUUUUAUUUUUGAUGACAAUUUACAACAAUUUCUACGAUGUGAAUUUAAAAAUACAUAACUGAAAUUUAAAUAAAAAUAAAUUUAUGUAAUAAAUUAUAAAUGUGUUAUAGUUCGUAUAUACGUUUGUAAACGUUACAAUCGCUGUUUACUAGAAGAAUUAUCACUGUAUUUAAAAUAAUAUCGUAAAUUUCAACUUUAGGCUUCCAGUUUAUAGUAGUUCUGCGUGUUAAUAAUCGUUAUUGUGCUUCGAUUUAAAAAUAUAUCAAAUUGUUCAAAAAAAGUGCAUAUUAUACCCGGCAAUUAGUGUCAAACGCUUCUAAAACACAACAAAAAUCCAUAGCAGCUGCGUAAACAGUUAAUUGGUAUACAAAGGUGCGGCUCGCCUGUAAUCUUGUCAAAGUAAAGCCUGUAAGCAGCGUUUAACUAUUGUGCAACAGCAUUACUUCAUUUACUUCAACUCCUGUAGCUCAAAAAGGCAUUCAAUUGUGUGUCUGAGAGACAUAUUUACAUGCAUACAACCACAACAUUGCGGAAAUGUUGUGGCACUUUGAAUAUCGACAAAUGCUGAAACUUCAACAACAACAACAAUAAAAACGCUUGUUUUAAAGCACAUCCACGAAGCGGUAUCAAGCACACCAUGUCGCUACCAACUUAACUGCGUAGAAUUGUUACACAAAAUACAAUAAAAGCAAAGAAACAAAAAACAACAACAAAACAGAAGUAUCCAACAAAAAAAUAAAACAAAUCCACCACUAAAAACCAAACACAAUCAACAAAUCCGCCAAGAAGCAAAGCAACAAAAGUUUUCCAGCCCUUCCGAGUCUCACAGCGUUUCUCAAGCGUAGUCUCUGUUUUUACGAGACUUUUUACUCAAAACCGCAACACCUUUUAGUAUUUAUUUUAAUUUUUUUUUAACUCAACACGCGCAAAACAUAGAAAACCCGUUACAACAACCUUUGUAAAAACGCUCAAGUGCGCUUUGAGUUCGUGUGCGCUUCGUUCUUCUUUUUAUUUUUCGUUUUUUUUGGGUGUUUUUAAUCAAGCUCUUCGUUUGUUGUGCGCGGCCGAUGUAAUUUUCGCUCGUCGCAGCUAACCUCGAAAGUGUUUCGUUAGUUUGUUUUUCGGCCAAACAGCGAUAUCCCGUUUUUGCGUCUAUUGGUGUAAAACUGUAUGACAUUACUUGGGCCUAGCGCCCCUGGUAUGGCCUUUAUGAUGAAAAAGAAAAAGUAUAAGUUUAAUGUUGAGGUACAAUUACAAGAGCUCUCCGAGGUGGCGCUCGUGAAUGAGGUGCUGUUCGCGAAGAUACGUCUACUGGAUGGUGGUUCGUUUCAAGAGUACAGCAGCAGAGAGGAGGUGCGCGAUCAUCGUGUAGUAUGGAAUCGCAACUUCGAAUUUCCCUGCAAAAUGUCCGCCAAUGCAUCCACAGGUGUAUUGGAUCCCUGCUAUUUACGCAUCUCCAUACGCAAAGAGAUGAAGGGCGGACGUAGUUAUUUUAAGUUAGGUUUUAUCGAUAUAAAUCUUGCCGAAUUCGCCGGCGCCGGCCUGACGUCACGACGCUUUCUGCUCGAGGGCUAUGACUCGCGUCAUCGUCUGGACAAUUCCAUGCUGCUGGUAUCCAUCAAAAUGCACAUGCUCAGCGGUGAUAUACUCUUCAAGGCACCCACGCCGAAUCUGAAGAGCAAACAGAAACCCUCAACAGAUGACCUGGCCACCGCGUCGACGGGUGUGGGCCUACAGACGCCCACCGCCACAGCGUUGCCCAGCAUGGGUGGCGGUGUCGGCAGUAGCGGACCAAGCGUCGGCGGCGGCAGUCAAGGCAUACCGGUUAGUGUUGGUGGCGCUACGCUAGGCGGCGGACUGAAUAGCGCGACCAGCACGCGUCCCGUCUCCACCGUGCGCGAGGAUGAUUUGGACCCCCAAGUAGUGAUCGCUUCGAUUGUGACGGACUCCGGCUUGUCGGAAUCUUCCGAAUCGGCUACUACACUCACCACAGAAGCGUUGCUGUUGCAGCAACAACAACAGUUUAUCGCUUAUCCACCGCAAAAUACGUUAGGCUCAACGACAACAACAACAACCACAGUCGUGACAUUGACGAAUGCACAACAAAUGCAGCCAUACGCUGGCAUUGGCAGCGGCACCAGUGGUGGCGGCGCAGCGUCCACUAUGGGCAUUGUCGGUAGCAACAAUUGUGGCACGACCAGCGCGAAUGUGAUGGGCGGCGGCGGCCUGGGUGGCACUACCGGCACGUCGUCGAUUAUGGAAAUGGGCCACUCGCGUAAUUCCAGCAACACUAGUCAAAUGUCGAAGGGUUCGGGUUAUAGCAGUUUUUCGCACAGUCAACAUUCGAGGCAAAGUUCUGAAGGCGAUUCGGGGCAUGCAAGAUUCAGCAAAUCCGUUUCUCUACUUAAUAGACUCAAUCAGAAAACCGCCAACGCCAUGAAGCUAAAUAUACCAGCGUUGAACCAUCAACAACAGCCAACGGAAACUAUCUGCGAGUAUGAAUGCGAAGAGUUGCUCUUUCAAACGCCGAACUCAACCAUGCGCGAUGAGGAGUUCCGCACGCCACUCAACGAAAUGCCACCCUCAACCAAUAGCUCUCUAUCGAUUUACGGUGAAAAGUUCGUGUUAAGCACGCCCUCGCCCACGUAUCGCAGCGUGGCGAGCAACAGCCGCAGCGGAUCGCGCGCCUCACAGAUCUACGAAAGCGGCAGCGCCAGCGGUGUUAGUGGCAGUGGCAGCGGUAGCGGUGAAUCGGGUUCGGAGGAGACCGCGGACGACUCGGGUUUGGAUGAGAAUUUCCAUACGCCGCGCGUGGCCAAAAUCAAAUCGAUGGAAAAUCUCUCCAUCAUCGAAAUGGAGUUUCAUCGCGCCUCACAGGAAUUGGAUCGCAAUUCUCCGCGUCGCCUCAAGUUGCUGGCCGAAAAUGGCGGCGGUCAUAUACACAAAAUACGUUCGCUUAGCAAUUUGCGUUUCGAUGAUUAUAGCGAAGAGCAGAUCCGCGAGGAAUUGCUGCGCAUACGCGAACGCGCGCUGGAGGAGAAACAUCGCUUCAAUUUGCAGCAACGCAAAAAUUCCACCUCAUCCACGAAUUCGGGCAAGUUGUUUGUGAAGAACAAGGUGGGCAAUGCCAAGUUCAUUGGCAACGAUGACAGUCCACUGCCGCAGCAGCCAAACAACCAGCAACCGCCCUUAUUUUUGCAACGUGGCUCACAUUAUCCCAUCCAGAAAAUGCGUUCGAUGGGCACCAUACCGGAUUUGGUGACGGAACGCGUCGAACCGGAUCCGUUUCUCACGCCGACUUCGGGUCGCAAGCCGAAUUUUCCGCUGGUAACACAGUCGGCGGAGAAACCCUCACCGCCGUCGUUCGUUGCGCGCAUACUUAACUACGAUGUCGUGGACUCACCGUCCACGAAUAGCCAUAAGCAGCAGCAGCAACCACAACUGCACACACACGGCUCCCUAACCGAGCUCUAUACACAGGAUCGUGUGAGCAAGUUGUUGUCGAAUGAUCCGAGCACUGCGUUGUCGUUCAUGUCGCGUACGCCAUUUGAGCGCGCCUAUCGUCGCACAUUGCUGAAGAGUUCGACGCCGUUGCGUCAGGCACACGGCUAUACACAGUACACUACGUUGGAGCAGCAGGAGUUGCAGCAGGGCGGCGGCGUACAACAGUACAUGUUAGGUCAUCAGGAGCCGCUACUGGCGCGUCCGCAUUCGACGAACGCCGCCUACGAGUUAAUGAGCACCGGUCGCAAUUUCAGCGGCGUACCGCGUCGCCUACUCGACGGCAGCAAUCGCCAGAUCUCAUCCAUCGCACUGGGCGCCAACACAUCGCCCUCCGCCGCUGCGGCGUCGGCCGCCAACACCAGCUCCUCACCCAGCGGCACACUCGGCAGCAUCCACUCCACGCAUUCGGCAUCCUCGUCCAGCGGCAGCAGCAGCAGCGGCGCCGUCAUCACCUUCCAAUGUGCCGGUGGUGCACACCCGGGCAUCGGCAGCAGCAGCGACACCGUCGAUGGCAUUGGCUUCAGCGAUGGCGGCGGCGGCGUCAGCACACCCAACACCAACAACGCCAACCAGCAGCUGAUUGGCUCACCAAGCAAUAACGGUUUUGGCAGUGGUGUUGGUGGCGGCGGCGCCGUCGGUGGCUGUGGCAGCAGCGGUGCGAAUAGUCCACGCUUGGCGAGCGGCGGCGCGCUCACCUCCACUUCGGCGACCACAGAUGCGCUGAGCUCCUUGGCGGCCAGUCCUACCGAUGCCUGCAGCAUACGUUCGAAUCCGUCGGCCGCAUCACUGCUGCUCACCACCGCCACAAUGGCGGCAGCCGAAGCGGCGGCGGCACAAGUGGCCGCCAACAAUAACGCCGGUCUGUGCGCAUCGGGCGCGACUCUGUCACCGCUCGCGACCACACAAAUCAUACGACGGCCCAGCAUUACAAUUUCCGGCUCGUUAGUCAUAAGUGAAACAGGAUCUCUAGAUCGCAUGAAGAAUGCGGCUGAGAAGCGCAAGAAGGGACCGCUGGACGAUGGGCCACGCGUAUCGGAUCGCGUCGAGGAGACGCGCGUCAAUCCCAAUUCGCUAAUCGAUGAAAUACUGAAGGAUACCAAAUUGGAUCAGUUAGCCGAAUCGGCGGAGACAUCCGGCCUGCAGCUGUAUAUAGCACGCGAUGGCACCGCCUCGUUGGGCAGCCACGAGGUGAAAGCGCGCGUGCCGACCGGCGCCUUCAAGCAGGUGGUCAUGAAGAAUCCAAGAUAGUAGCGUAAAUUGUAAGACUCGCAAGCCGGAAGCAAGAAGACUACAAACUACACACUAACUACUACAACAACAACAUACGUAUAUAGAUACAGGCGUGCGCGCACAUACACAAGCAAAGUUGUGUGGCAUGCCGCCGUGGAAGCGAAGUGCAACAAAGGAAUUUCGUAACCCAACCAACAAAAGCAGUAAUAGCAACAACAGCAUUAACUACAACAACAACAAAUACUACUACUACAAAACUGCAGCAACCAUAUACAACAACCAUACACACACAUAUAUAUAUAAUAAAUAAUUUAAAAUAAAAUGCAAAACUAAUAAUAAAUAUAAAAUUAUUUAUAGCAUAAAUAAAUACAUACAUACAUAUUAUAUAAAAAUGCUAAAGCUAAAGAAAAAUUGUAACUGUAACGAAAAUGUAAGCCAACAAAACCAGCAGAACAAACAGCAAGUGUAUGCGAAAGCAAGUAGUCCGCCGAUGAACUAGCAAACUAACCAACUACAAAAAGGCAAAAAUUAAGCAUAAAACAUACAUACAUACCACAUGUCAACUAACCACAUACAUACAUUACAAAUUUCAUACGAACAUGUAAAUCCUAGAAAUCAUUAAUCCAUCAGCCAACUCCAUCACAUACAUCACCCCAACUCAAGCCAUUAUCACUAAGCUGAAAUGCGAAGUUAGCAAACACAAACAACAACAAUGUGUAAACAUAUAAAUUUCAAGCGUGUAACGGUAGUAAGUAAGCUUUCACGCUCAAAAAUAAAAGUCAGGCGCGUCCGGUGUUAGAAAUAAUGCUAGAAAGCUGCAUACAUACAAACAACAUAACCUCAAAACUCUCAAAUCGGCUGCAUUUCAAAGUCAGUAAACGCGUUUUGGCACAUUAGACAAAGCUAAACUUUCGGCAACGCUCAUAAGUGUGAGUAAUUUGUAUAUACUUGCUUAUUUUAAAAAUAGUAAACUCAUAGAUUAUGACACGAGCAAAGAAAGAGGUUAGAAACAUUUACGAAAAGUGCCUGUGAUAGGCAGGCGAGAUAAAUAGUAGUUGAAAUGCAUAUUUGAAAUUGAUUUUGAACUUUAUUACAACAAGAAUUGAAAGCUUUUAAACCUAAUUUGAUUAUUUUGGCCGCACAAAUUUCAAAAGCUCAUGAAAAUUAUCACUUUGGCUGCUAAAAUAUGAAAAAAGCUCGAAUCGGCUGCAGAGCUUAAAAUAAGCUUUUUAAAACAACAAUAAGAACAAUAUUUAAAAAUUUUAAUUGGAAAACCAGCUUUCAUAAAACAAAAACCGAAAGCUUUUAAGCCUAAUUUGCUCAUUUGGAGUCAUGAAUUUAAAAAGCUUUUGAAAAUUAUUACUUUGGUCGCUAAACAACAAAAAAAAACUUGAAUCGACUGCAGAGCUUGAAAUAAGCUUUUAUUAAACAACAAUAAUAGCAAUGUGUAAAAAUUUUGAAUUGAAAAAGGAGCUUUUUUAACUUUCUUUUUAAAAGCUUUCGAAAAUCACGAUUUUGGACGAAGCGAAAAGUCUCAGAUCGACUGAAGGGCUUAAAAUAAGCUUUUGAUAAAACACAGCAACAACAAUUUUUAAACUUUUAUAUUAUAAAAUCAAGCUUUUUUCAUUUAUAUUUGCAAUGCUUUUGAAAAUUAUGACUGUUAACUUAGAUUUCAAAAACUAUUGAAAAUUAUGACUUUUGCCACACAGAAAAAAUUCAAAUCGACUGCAGAGCUAGAAAUGAGCUUUCAGAAAAACAACAACACAAUAUACAAAUGUUUGUGCUUCGAAACUUGACUUUCUGAACCAGUUUUGUAUGAUUGGAGAACUAACUGGUCACAAAACGGCGAAUGAGCUUUUACUUCAAACUGUUUUCAGUCAAAAAAUUAUGAUUAUGAGCUUUCAAUUGAAACAUUUUUUGUUCAGAAAAAUACGUCAAAUAGGUGUUAUUGUCUGCCUAGAAUGAACUGAAAUUGCCAACGGAGCUUAAAAAGCUUGAUUGCCUGUCAAAGCUUAAAAAGCUUGAGUAAACCGAUAGCAAAGUUUAAACUUUUAUAAUUCAAACUUUAAUUUUCUCAGCUCAGUUUUGUAAGUUUGGCACACGAACUCACAUCACAAAACGGUCGAUGAGCUUUUUUUUUUACCAAAAAAAGAAUGAGCGCUAGCAGCAUUCAACUUCAAUUUAAAAUUUAACUUUCUCAGCUUAAUUUUGUAUGAUAAGCCCUAAAGUCGAGAAACGGCCAAUGAGCUUUUUUGAACUUUUUUGUAACAAACCCAUAUGAGCUUUGUUUGAAGCAUUUUUGAGUCAGAAAAGUUCGUUAGUCGACUUUUUAUUGCCUACCAAAUGUCAUCUGACCUUAACAAAAAAUAUUUAAUUUCAUGGCUUCGUGAUCCACAGCUAUUUGUACGAACCGCUGAAAAUUUGGAGUUGAUUCUACAUAGAUAAUAUAUAUAUGUAUACAUAUUUCCAAAGCUCCAGAGUGACUGCCAUCACACAGUUACUGGACAACUUCAGUCGCUUUGGACGAAAAUAAGCUAAGAACUUUUCCGUUCAGCGACACGUAACCCGAAGAGACACGUAGACCUUAUCGUCGAAGAUUUUUCCAAGGAUAUACUCUCAGUAUUCUCUAUUCAUCUAUUCUCUAAAUCUAUUUAGAAACUAUUUUAUGCCAUCGUAACAACAAAAACAGCUCACUACUUUUCUGAAGUAAGAUCCAAAUAUUUAUCAUUCCCACAACAGCCGGUUCUACGCACCGGAAUGACGCGGACUUUAUCCAACCAAGGGCUGUUAGCUCAGCAGACUAAUUUUACUCAAAGAAGUUGUGCCUGCCUUUGAAUAAAUGCAGCUAAGUGCAGGUUUGGAGUGUAUUUGAUUGCUGAUAACAUGAGAACGAUCAUUUUCGGAAAGGUAGUUGCAGAAAGCUUUUUUGUGUUACUACGGUUGUAACGGAAGAAGAAGUUGCCAGAAAAACAUAUAUUCUGCAGUUCUGCCAGAAGUUAUGAAGUUCUGAUUUCGAAAUUCAUUAAAUUCAAUGAUAUUUCUAGUAGAGUGCGAAAGCUCGCAGGCAAUAAGAAAUCUCUGAAUGUAUUUCGGUGGUGUAAGAUGAUGAAUAAAACCUCAAAUUUUUUUGAAUUAAGUCCUAUUUCUGUAUAUUUAUAUGAAAAAAAGCAAAAAAUUAGUAAAGUUCAAAAACUUGGCAGACGAUAAGAAAGCUCUACCCGCUUUUCUGUUAUGAAAAGGAGGCACAUAACCUCAAUCUCGCUAUCUAAAUAUUUUAUAUGAAAAUUGAAGAUUUUUAUUAUAUUAAUCGAGUUUCUGGCGGUGAUUUUCGAGUGCGAUGAGUUAAAAAUAAAUUUAGUAUUUUUUUUUCAAAUUUAAAUUUUUUUUAAAUUCAACUUUAAUUAAAAUAUGUUUCUCAACUUAGUUAUAAAAAUUAUUUUAGCUAAUCAUCAGCAUUAUUCUUUAAAUUUGUUACAAAAUCCAUUUGAAAUUGCAAAAUUUUUGCAGAGUUGCCACUGUACGCUGACUUAAAAUUUGAUAAGUAAAGAAAAAUUCAAAAAUAUCAAAAAAAUAUCUGACGAAACUACAUACCUAACAAAUGUGUACACAAAAACAAAUAUCGCGUUGUUAUUAAUUAGCAAAUUUUUGGCAAGCACUUAAAAAAUUAAAUUAGUUAAAAAAUUCAAAAAUAAAAAAUGCUAAAUUCAAAAAAUUAA